AUGGAUCGCGGCGGCGGGCCGACGCGAGUGCUGCGCGCGCAGCAGCCGCUGCAGCACUCGCUGGUGGUGACGGUCAGCGUCAUCAUGACGGCGUGCCUCGCGCUCAUGUACAUGCUGGUGUCGCGCCACCUCGCCAGCAUGGACCACAUCGCCCUCGCGCUCACUGAGAGCAUAUCGGAGCAGACGACAAACCAGGCGGUGGAGUUGAAGGCGCUGGUGGCGGCGCUGGAGAACCACACCUACUCCGUGGCCGCCGCCGUCACCGACCACGUCGCCGUGCAGACCCUGCAGCUGCGCCAGCUGGCAGCGGAGCUGCGCAACCACUCGCACUUCGUGAGGGAGCACGUGGGGCAGCACGUGGACGCGCAGCAGGCGCAGCUGGCCGAGGUGCUGGCGGAGCUGCGUGCGCGCAUGGGCGAGGUGGCCUCCGCUGUCAUGGCGCCCCCCGCGCCGCCCCUGGCUGACAGCGCCAUCACCCCCUCCAACCUCACUCUGCUCGUUGCUGCCGGCCUAAGAUCCCAGGUGGGUGCCAUCCCAGGUGGGUGCCAUCCCAGGUGGGUGCCAUCCCAGGUGGGUGCCAUCCCAGGUGGGUGCCAUCCCAGGUGGGUGCCAUCCCAGGUGGGUGCCAUCCCAGGUGGUGGGUGCCAUCCCAGGUGGGUGCCAUCCCAGGUGGGUGCCAUCCCAGGUGGGUGCCAUCCCAGGUGGGUGCCAUCCCAGGUGGGUGCCAAACCAGGUGCGCUGCGGUGGCAGGCGGGUUGA